UCGGUCGCUUCGUUCUCGUCGCUUGUUCGUCCGUACGGUAAAGUCCGCGUCGUCGGUGAAAAAUCGCGUGAAAAGCGGUGAAAAUCGCCGGAAAACAGUUCAAAAAGUGCAUUAUCCAUCGAUCUGGUGUUAGUGGAAGAUUUCCGACCCGCUAUCACAGAUGCAUUAGUUAGAUCGUUGCCACCAGUCGUCGCGUCGUCGGUCGUCAGUUUAGUCUUGGCAAUUUUUGGGCAGUCAGCAUCAGCAUGGAGCCAGAGUCAGCAUCGCAGAAAGAAGGGAUAGAGACCCGCAACCGGUCCCGAUCGAGAACGCCUAGCUUGCAGCUGCGUGUCAGUGUCGAGCGUGAUGUCAACGGUGACUCGAAACCGGACAAGGUCCAGAAGAGCCCACGCGUUGCCACAAUCGAGGAGGAGUUGAAUUCGUCGCAAAAAUCCACCUCCGGCCCAGCUGGAUCCGUUUUUGUUCGUAAAACCCGUACCGUUACUUCGGAUUACUCGUCCGAUGGGGUCUCGCCGGAGCGGCCCGCCACCAAGGAAGCUUUCUCCGGUGAAACGGAAAAAUCCAUCACCCUCUCAAAGACCACCAUCACUGUUACCACUUCCUCCUCGUCCACUGCAUCUGCAUCGUCGCUCACAAAAGUAGUUGCUGCCUCGAAUGCUUCCGCGUCCAAGAAGGAGAUCCGCCAGAAUGAACUCAACCGAACCCUGGAAGACAGCCAGAAAGCGAUUCUUCGGACCAGUACCCCGAAAGCCACGUCCAAAGUGGCGAAAAAGGUCACACUCACUCCGGAGGAACUGAAGCAGCACGUUGCCUACAAAGAGUACACAGAAGCCGGAGAGUACUGGAACAAGUACCCGAAGACAGAUUACACAUACUCGGAACUAUCGCCGUUCCGAAGAGAGCUUGCUCCUGGGAUGAUCGCGAUGCCAAAUAUGUCCCGUCCGGGUUUGACUCAGCAUGCUGAACGGAUUAGCGUGAUGAUCGAGAGGAAUCCCGCCCAGGAAUCGUACAUCCGCAAGCGAUAUGCCAAUACCUCGACGUAUUCCACGUCCGGAGUAGCGGGAGGAAGCUUCGCCCGAGCUGAUCCCUAUGAUUCUGGAGAGGAAACGCUGGAUUUGUCACAGCUUUCCCGGAGUUCCAAAAGUUAUAGGGCUAAAAGAUCCACUGCACACGUCCAGGUUGAGGAACACCGAUCGAUAAUCAGUCGAUUUUUCCUAACCAUUGUGAACUGGUUCUACAGUGCGACCCAUUCGGUUUCGAGAGUCUUCAACCAAUCGGACCACAACCUGUAUUACACCCGAAUCGAGGAUGAGCGAGGCUUCUUUUCCAAAAUUUACCAUUUUUUUAACAUGCUCGUCACGAGUGUCUUCAAGAAGGUUUACCUUCUGAUCUCAUCAGUCCUAUUCCUGGACACCUGGCUGCUCCAGACGGCUUCCAGUGACGUGCAGCAGGGCCGUCGUAAGAGGAAGUUCCUGCUCUUGCUGCUCAUGUUGCUGCCCUUCCUGCUCUUCGGAGCGUACCUCCUGGCGGACGAGGACCAAACUAUCGUCCUCCCAGCAUCAAAGCGUGCCACCAUUACCCUAUCCUCCCUCUCGAACAUCCUCCCGCCGUUGAAUGCCGAAGAUCUCGAUAGCUUUAAAACCAGCCUCUUCCAAAAAUUGGACUUCCGGGAGUCGACCUUCUCCUGGCGAUCCCUGCUGCCUUCGUUCAGCUUCUCCUUCGGCUCCGGCUCGGGAACAAACUACGAACACCUGAGGAGUGGUCUCCAGAAAACGCUGAGUAAGGAAGAGUACGAAGAUCUGAUGAUUCACAUCGAUGCCUACAUUGAGGGGUUGCUGACGAAGAAGUACCUACUGAAAGAGCAGGAAGAAACGAAAGCGAAACAGAUGAUAAGCCCAGAGGUGACAGUCCACGUGGCCAGUGUGGUUCGAGAAAAUCUGCAGGCGUACAAUUAUAAACUGAAUCAAGCCGACGUUGAUGCGGUGGCCGCGAAGGUAAGGCUUCAGCUGCUGGCCAGCUAUCCAAAUGUGUUCAAUCCUAAGGUGGCAACAUCGGAGGACAGAGGCAAGCCCGAUGUGCUUGGAAUUUCCCAGGAAAACCUGUUCGAAAUUCAAAAGUUGAUUAAACAGGAGAUCAGCAUUACUAACAACAACUUUGUGAUUAGCGAUCAACAGUUGGAGGACAUCUUGAAGCAGAUUCUGUCCUCGAGUCAGCUUGUUGAGCUGAUCGACGCAAGAGUGCUGCUUCAGAUGAAAGAACCGAAGCAGCAGCAUGAAUCGCAGGCUGCGUUGGUUGAAAAUUUGAAAAACGAACUCAUCGAGAUCAAGUUGCAUUUCACGGAAAAACUUGCCACCAGUAGUUUGAUGAUAGAGGACAACAUAAAUCUGCUGAAACAAGAUCAGAGCAGAUUGGCCGAGCAGGUCAAUAGCUAUCGGAUAGAGAACGACGUAAAGUACGUCAAACUGAUGGCCGACAUUGAUGCCCGGUUGGCUGCAGUCAAGCAGGAGCAGUUUGCAGGGCUCAAUAAGAUCAUCAAGAAGAAUAUCGUUACCAUUUUGGGAAUGAACGUGAAGGAAGACUUCUCCGAUGCGGAUCUCAAAGCAUGGAUAAGUAAUCUGUUCGUGGCAAAGGAUUACCUGGAGAGUCGAUUGAAGGAGCACCAGGAAGGGGUGAGUGCCUUGAUUCAGCAGGAAAUGGAACGAUCGGCUGCGACUUUGAUGAGGGAAGUAAGCGAGAAAAUCCAGAAGGAGAUCCUUGUGGCAAUUCAGACGCAGAAGAGCGAGGCACUCAACAUUGAUGCUGCGGCGGGAAGGACACCAUCGGAAGGUGACGGUCGGAGCGGGGGUCUUACGGAGGGCGAUGUUCGGAGGAUCGUACGGGAUGCCCUACGCAUCUACGAUGCGGACAAAACGGGCCUGGUUGAUUAUGCGCUGGAAUCGGCCGGGGGACAGAUCUUGUCCACGAGGUGUACGGAGAACUACCAGACGCAUUCGGCGCAGAUUUCCAUCUUCGGGAUUCCGCUGUGGUAUCCGACCAACACGCCGAGGACGGUCAUAUCGCCGACCAUGCAGCCCGGGCAGUGCUGGGCGUUUUCCGGCUUCCCGGGAUAUCUGGUCAUCCAGCUGAAUAGCGACAUCGUCGUGACCGGCUUCUCGCUGGAGCAUAUCUCUAAACUGCUUGCACCAAAUGGACAAAUUGAUUCCGCCCCGAAGAAUUUCUCCGUUUGGGGCCUCGCAAGCGAAAACGACCAGGCACCGAUCCUGCUGGGUAACUAUCAGUAUCUGGACAAUGGGGCCGCGUUGCAGUACUUCCCGGUGGAUGAUCCGACCCGGCCGGAACUGGUGGGACGGGCCUUCCGCAUCGUGGAGCUGCGGAUCGAAACCAAUCAUGGCAACGGGCACUACACGUGCCUGUACCGAUUCCGGGUACAUGGCGAGAGGAAUUGAAGGUGGACAAACGGUUGCGUCUGCUGUAAAUAGGUGAUUUUAAUUUUGUUUAGUGUUAGGUUCAGUUUAGAUUUUAGAACUGCAUUGGAACCAUAAGCAUGUGGUGCAAUAAUUUUACCAUGAACGUUAAGUGAAGGCAGGAACCAAAUCUAGCUACUUAAGAAUAUAGUUAGUUAGUUUGUUAGGGAACUGCUUUCGGCUCAUCGUCACGAGCUUCGUCGCAUUGACGAAGCGAUGUUGGACGGUUUUUCCUUUUUUGUUUUGUUUUACUAAUUGGCACCUUUCGCUUCAUAUACUAACUACUAAAACCUAACUCAUCGUUUAGAUUUUCUUUAGUUUGCUUGAACGGAACAGUGUGCCCUAAGGGCAGUGAGGGAAAUAUACUGUGGUUGUGAUUGUUGAAUAAUCGUUGACGAAACAGAUGUUUAGGAGUUUUGCAAUCGUUGCUUUUCGCAAUGGGGAUCACAUGGAAUGCAAAAUUACUACGACGGUGACCAUAUUAAUAAGGUGAGCUUAGUUCAAACGCAGCAAUACCAAUAAUACCAUAAUCAAAAGAAGGAGCCUGUCGGAGUAAUAUGCGGAUAACUGACGCUUCUCUAGUGCAGUUGAAAAUAUUUUGCAAUGUCGCAUCAAAAACGAUCUAGCAGAAAUCGAGGUAACUGGUGACUGGUGACCACCGCUAAUGACACCAGCAGAGAAAUUCAAAGACGCAUUGCGCAGACCAUGUUAACCUUGGGCUCCGGAGAACGCUCCGGUCGAAUUAAGUUCACCGCAGCACGAAGUUGACUAUCUACAACACGCUGAUUAGACAGAUAGUCCUGUAUCGCCACGAACCCUGGACUAUGCUCGUGGAGGAUCACGAAAGGUGUUGCGUAACAUCUACGGUGAACUGCAGAUGAAAAACGGAAUGUGGAGAAGGCGAAUGAACCGCACCACCCAACGUCCACACCGGAAAAAUUGUGUGACUACGGUGGGUAGGGCGGAGAAUGUCGGACGACAGCCCAGUGAAAAUGGUUCUCGAUAAUGACUGAAUCAAGACGAAAAGGCGCGCACCUGGCAUGGUGGAUCGACUUGGUGGAAGGCAACAUGCGGAGAAUUCCCAGACAUCGUAGCUGGUGACGUGCAGAUAUACAUCGAGUGGAAUUAAUAUGACUUGUAUGUACAGCAAAGGGAACUCCAGACCUCCCCGCAUAAACGCUAACCAUAACUUGACCUUACCGAUAAUGGUUAAAAAUUGUUUAUAAUCGCUGCUAAACUUUAACUGAAAUGGUUAUGGAACUUUACAUGAACAUUUGUGUGAUAAAGUUUUAACCUUAUGUAAGGCAUGUACUCGAAAAAAAAAUGCA